CGACUGAUGAAGGUUGUUAUUCAAAAAGUCAGUAAAGCUAGUGUUAGUGUCAAUCAAAAAAUCGUGAAUUCGAUUGAGAAUGGCUUAUGUCUAUUAGUUGGUCUAGGCGUAGAUGACAAUGAAGAUGAUUUAAAGUGGACAGUAAAUAAAGUACUAGGUUUGCGAUUAUUUGAUAAUUGGACGAAAUCAGUUAGAGAUGUUGAUGGUGAAAUAUUGUCCAUAUCCCAGUUCACUUUACAAUCAACUUUAAAGGGUACAAAGCCAGAUUUCCAUAAAGCUAUGAAAACCGAAGAAGCUAGAAAGAUGUACAAUAACUUUUUAACAAGCUUAAAAACUAGCUAUUUUGACAACAGAAUAAAGGAUGGUAUAUUCGCGGAAAUGAUGGAUGUUAACAUAAAUAAUCAAGGUCCAAUUACAAUUUUAAUAGAUUCAAGGAACAGAAAGUAAUAUUUUACAUUUUCUCUUUUGUUGUCUGCCAUCUUAUUACCCUAGGGUCUAGUUUGAGUAGAUUGUUGACGUUCUUCAAAAGUGGUGGUGAAGCUAAGAAUGACAUAUGAAUGUAAUCUCCUUUGUCAUAUAUUUGUUGAUGUCUAAUCAUCUUAUUAGGUAGCGUUUGUGUACCCCAGUAAUCGACGUUCUUGAUUAAUCCACCACCGUUGUUUAUAAUUUGAGUCGUCGUUUUCAGCAAUUCCCUUAUUGGUGCUAUCUCUGGAUAGUGUGCAGCUACACACAAAAUAUUGUACAAUGGCAUUUU